AGUUGGAUGGCAGGCAGUUGCUCGGCUGACACGUAACUAAAGUUAAAGGUGCUACGGAGGCCUCGUCGUGGAGCGGAGUUUCAACUUUUCCGUAAGCUUGUCAGAACUGCGUCGGUAACGUUAAAGUCUGCGGCGGCGGAAAGAGACGCAAGCGGGGGGUCGUCAGCGUGGGUUAGAGCCGCAUUUCAACCGGGCAGAGUUUGACUUGAAGUCAAGCGAAAAUCUGAGCGGCUACUUUGAAGUUGCAGGAGAGAGUCGCUGCUGGAUGUAGCUAUGCUAAAAUAAUGUACACAAACGCAAUUGGUAGCAGCUAACUCGUGUUUUCUGGAAAUGCUCGGGGAGUGAGGUGAGGAGGGGGCUUCUUCGGUCUUCGCCAGGAGGGUAACAAAAAAAAACAAAAAAAAAAAGUUGGGACGGAACUUUCCAGCAGCAGAGACGGGGCUUUCUGGCUCAGACAGCGGGGAGGGGUGCGGGUCCAACAUGGGAAACGGGGUGUGCUCCCGGAGGCAGCGGAGGAUCUUCCAGUGUCUGCUGCUGGUCACCGUGGUCUGCGGGAUGAUGUACGGGGGCAUGAUAUCGUAUGAAAUGCACAGACAACUCAGGAGGACGGAGGCGAUGGCGCUCAAGUAUCAGCAACACCAGGAGUCCCUCUCGGCUCAGCUCCAAGUGGUGUAUGAGCACCGCUCCAGGUUGGAGAAGUCUCUUCAGAAGGAGAGGUUAGAGCACAAAAAGGCCAAAGAAGAUUAUCUAGUUUAUAAACUCGAAGCACAACAGUCACUGAACAAGGAGAAGCAAGACUCCAGCAGCAGAUUCAGCUCUUUACAAGUGCAACAUCAGAUGUUAAAGAAUCAGCAUGAGGACCUGAAGAGGCAGUAUUACGAACUGCAGGAGCAGCACCAAGUCCAGGGCGAGGACCACAGCCGGCUGCUGGACGAACACAAGGACCGCUUCGAGAAACUGCAGCAAACCAAAGAGGUGGAAGUCUCCCAACUCAAAGAAAAUGUAUAUAACCUAAGAGAGGAGAACAAGCAACUGAGGAAAGCUCACCAUGACAUUCACACACAGCUGCAGGAUGCACAGGUCCAACAUCAGGACCUGAAAGCAUCCCACGACCAGCUUGCACUGACACUGGAAGACCACAAGAGUGCGCUGGCUGCAGCUCAGAUGCAGGUGGAUGAAUACAAGCAGCUCAAGGAAUCCCUAAACAGGGUGCCCAACCUGGCAGAGCAUCAGCAAAACCAUAUCCCUCAGCAGCUACAGGCAGCCAACAUAGGACCAGAGUCCCAUGGCCAUGAAAGCCAGCAGGAUACCUUACUGCAGGAGACACAUAAAGAGGGCGUCAUCCAUGAAGAUCACCAGGCUCACCAGGACACUGAUACAAGGUUGGACCACACAGUUGAAGAAGUGCACGCCCAGUCCGAGAUGAAGCCACACACCACUGUAUCCCAGCACGACCAGGCCGAGAGAGACGAAGAUGGAGAGGGAGAGGCCGAGAGGAGGAGGGAGCUGGCGGAGGAGGAGAUGGCCCAAGCAGGACAGCCUCAGAAGCUGGAGGAGGAUCCUGACCAACUACAGGAGGAAGAGGAGGAACCAGAACAGGACCAGCCAGACGAGAACGCCUUGGACCGACACAGACGCCAGCCUCAGCCGGAUCCCAAUGUUGAGCUGCAUCAGGAGCCACAGCUGCAGCACCAGGCACCAGCCCAGGUGGAACAUGUGAAGUCAGCCUACGAGCAGCAGCAGGAGCAGCAGCGCCUGGAGGCUCAGAGGGCCGAAGAGCGCAGGCAGAUCCAGAUGCGACAGGAGAGCCUGCAGGCCCAGAGGGAGAGGGUGCUAAAGGAGAGAGAGCAGAGGCUGAAGGAGGAGAAGGAAAGAGAGCAGCAGCAGCACAGAGAUGCCGACAGACGGGAGCAGCAGCUGAGAGAGGAGCACCAAAGGAAGAGGACAGAGUAUGAGAACAUUGACAAUGACAUAGUCCAAGGAGAAGAGGAAGGUCACACUGACGAUGAAGAAGAUAGAGAUGUUCACAUGUUACAUGAGGAGGAGGAGAAGCAAGAGGUGGAUCACAGAGUGCCUCCACAUCAGCAGGGUGCUGUCGAAGGUGAGCUGGACCCCGAGGAUGACCCCAACAACCAGGGAGAGGAUGAGUUUGAAGAAGCCGAGGAUGAACGGCCGCCGCACAGGGUUGCUGAAGAGGAAGAAGACAUUGUAGAAGAGGAAGAGGAGCCGGCAGUGCCAGCCCAGCGUGUAGACGCACACCCAGGACCCGACCAACCUGCUGUGGAGGAGGAACUAGUGAUGGCUGGAAACCCAGAUCAACAAGAAGAUAAUCUGGAUGACCAGUACCAAGAGGAAGAUGAGGCCCAGGAGGACAUAGCUGGUGGGCAGAAGAGAGAGGAGGUAGAAGAGGAAGGAGAGGACCCAUAUAACGAGGAGAACAUGGAUGAAGUAAAACACCAGGAAGGACCAAGAAAGGAGGGAGAUCACAGACAUGGCAUGAACAAUAACGAGGAAGAGAAUUACGAGGAGGAAGAAGAGGAGGUAGAGGAGGAUACAGCUGGUCGAGACAAGGGAACCAAUCGGAGGGCAGAAAUGUAGGAGGGGCGUGAACAUUGACCAGUUGCGGUGCCUUUUUGGCUGCCUGUAGAGCCAGUCAGGUCUUUCUUUCUCUUGAUUCCCAAAGGAAUAAAACCAGCCAUCCAUUCAGAAUUCCAGUUAGGAAAAUUGGGAUACCAUGCCUGGAAGAUGGGGAUGCUAUUCUAAACACUGUGGGGUUGGAACGGAUCAGCUUACACUGUGGAAAAGGACACACUUGCAGGGCGCAAAGGGGAUAUAUACUGUAUAUUUUUUUUAUUUGUUGGCUUUUCUGUCUACUCGCACGUCUGCCUGAUUGCCUGUUUGGUUCUGUUUUUGUUUUAACAGCAGUCAAACUGAGAAUGUAUUUUUAUCAAUGUGCUGUCUUCGAGUAUGUGUAAAGAAAGCAAAGAUAAAUUAUGUUAUUCUAAAUGUCCUCAUGUGCAGGCCUCUGUAUGUAUGUUUUCUGUAGACGGUUUUAUUCUUUGUAGAGCUCAAAUGUUAAUUUACAUCUUGCAUUCCAAUCGAUCAAGUCGUUUUCUGUUAUUUAUUGUUGACGGUAACAACUCUGACAAUCGUAUAAGGUGCAACAUUUCUAUUUUUUUCCCCUGACUGAAGUAGUUUGUGUCCUACCGACUUUCACAAACUUCUUGAGGCUGAUACACGGGAGCAUUUUCACCGGAUCUUUCUGCAAAUGCCAAUCAGUGACAUUUCAGGUGAAGCUGUUCUUUGCUCUUAGUGUCACACUGACAUGUGCCUUUCUGUUCUUGGAAACCUUGUUUAGGUUGUAGUCAUUUGAAAUUUGGUAAAGCAUUUUAUUAGGACAGGAGAGAUACAAGCAUGUCAGUUAGUGCUGCAGCUCUUGUAUAAUGCUUCAGCAGUGCCUUAAACGGUGAACUAUUUCAUGUCAACUGUUGGUGUGAAUUCAAUUCACAAACCUAAUGCAUUUCACUGCAGCAACUUUAGUCUACUGUACAAUGUAUAGUAAAAUGAAUGCUGUCUAUGUGUACAUUUCUUACUGGUUAUAUUUGAUACAAAAAAGUGGGAUUUUGAUAGUAUUGAACCAUGUUUGUCAUCUGAAUGGUGUGUGUGGAAUAAAGAGGUCAAAGGAUUUCAGUUAA